AUGGAGCACAAAAUUGACCGGCUGUCGGAGUUGCCGGAACCUCUUGUAGAGCACAUUCUAUCAUUCAUCCCGUUGAAACAAAUACUUCAACUUACUAUGUUGUCCAAGACAUGGCAAAACGUCUGGACUUUAUUCCCCAUUCUGAAAUUUGAUCAAGAGCGAGGGCAGAGAAAGAGAGAAGAGUUUAUUUAUUUUGUGGAGAGAACUUUACUCAGUCGCCGUAGGCAAAAGAUAAGUAUAAAAAGACUUGAGCUUCAAAUAUUGGACAUUGAUGAUGAAUGCUAUGGUGUUCGUGUGAACCGUUGGAUUGACUACGCAAUUGAAAGCAAUGUAAAAGAGUUUUAUAUUUGUGCAUGGCCCCUUAAAUACUAUAAGGUGACUAAGAGUGUUUUAACAGCAAAAUCAAUAACUGAGUUGACGUUGUGGGGUUGCAAUUUGGAGUCCUUUCAUGGUCAUGAUAUUAACUUAUCCUCCUUGAAAAAGUUGGUUUUGGGUGAAGUUUGUAAUGCAAAUGACCAAAUUGUCAAAACCCUAAUUGCUGCCUGUCUUGUGGUGGAAGAGAUAGAAUUUGCACGAUGUGAUGGAUUGAGAAAUAUACAUGUCUCCGGUCUUUCUAAACUCAUGGCCAUUGAGGUGGCUUUUAAUUUUGAACUUCACAGCCUUGAGAUUGAAGCAUCAAAUCUUGAAUUUUUACACUUGAAGUGUUUGAAAUCAUGCCAAAUCUACCUGCUCUCAUGUAAAAAUUUAAAGAAAUUACGAUUAGAGUAUAUGAUGGUGACAGACAAAUGGUUGCACGACGUUCUUUCUAAACAACCACUCAUUGAGAUCUUGACCCUAAUUGAUUGUGAUAUGUUGGAAAGGAUUAAGAUUUCAAGUGACUGCAUGAAGCGUUUAACCUUUUAUCGUUGCAGGAAGCUAGUUGAAGUAAACAUUGUUACUCCUAACUUACAUAGGCUUGAGUAUUGUGGUGAUCCUAUAUCUUUUUCUUCCAACACUUCAACUCUAUUGGAAGUCAAACUUCGAUUUUGGAGUGAUCACUGGAUCUAUGGUGUUGAAAAGAUUGAAUUCCUCUCAAAGUUAAAUCAUCUAAAACUAGUGACUUGGAGAGCUCACCGUGCCAAGGUAUUCUAG